AUGCUCCGACAUACUCCGUACAGCUUGGCCAAAGUAACACAAACUGCGGCGGGCGGACCCAAAGUCGUCGUGAGGGCCGAUCAUUUACUCGACUCAAUUGAAGCCGUUGUUAUCGACAAUGCUCAAGACCCAUUAUCUCUCAGGGAUGUUGAAUUGCAGCAUCCUUCCAGUCACGAAGUUCUCGUGAAGAUCCUUGCUUGCGGCUUAUGCUACACCGAUGUUCAUACCGCAUCAGGUCACAUGGGGGAUGUUUUCCCACGUGUUCCGGGUCAUGAAUUUAUUGGACACAUCGUGGAACAAGGAGCUGAUGUGGAAGACUUCCAGCUUGGUGACCUUGUCGGAGGCGCCUUCCACGCUGGUCAUGAUUCAAUUUGUCGCCAAUGCUUGCGCAAUAAUGUCCAACACUGCAAUAAUCGAGAAAUCAGUGGUAUUUCUCGGAACGGUGGCUUGGCUGAAUACGCAUUAUUGCGUGCGGAAGCUGCUGUGCGUCUGCCAUCAGGAAUCAAUGUGGCUGAGGUUGCGCCAUUACUUUGUGCUGGUUUGACUGUCUUCAACGGGAUACGCAGGCAACAGCUUGAGCCGGGAGCGCUUAUUGCCGUUCAAGGUCUAGGUGGCCUUGGGCACUUGGCUGUUCAAUAUGCCAGGAAAAUGGGCUACGAGGUUACUGUUCUCUCAUCAAGCGGUGAUAAGGAGUCAUUUGCCAUGUCCCUCGGAGCUCACCAUUAUAUCAACAGCAAGCUGUCUGAUAUUCCCACUGAGCUUGAAAAACUAGGUGGUGCAGAUUUGAUUGUUCAGACGGCCCCAGGAUCCGGAGAACUCCCAAAGUUGAUCGGUGGCCUCGCGUCAGGGGGAACCUUGCUUCUUCUGGCCCCUACUGGCAAUAUGGAGGUACUCAUGGACCAAUUGGUGAUGAAGGGUCAAAAGAUAGAGGGGUGGCUCACAGGUGGUCCUCGUGAUGCCGAAGACACUGUGAAAUUUGCGAUGGAGCACAACAUCCGAUGUAUGAUCGAGAAUUACAAGCUAAAGGAUGUGCAAUACGCCGUUGAUAGCUUGGUUUCAGGAAAGCCAAGGUUCCGGAACGUUUUAAUCAUGGAGUGA